CAGCUUUAUUAUCUUUGUCUCGACUCAUACACAGGGACCAUCACAAUCUGAGCAUGACUCGCCUCGGCAGUAUGGAUCCAGCAGAGCAGAAACAUAACUUCUUCUUCUACGGGACCUUGAUGGUGCCCGCCAUCCUGGAACGAGUUCUGCGGCAUCCGACGGAUCAUUUGACCUUUGAGGAUGCCAUCCUACCGGGCUUCACGCGGCACUGUGUCAAAGGCCAGGAUUACCCAGCCGUCACCAGUGUCGAGCAGAGCCACGAGCUCAUGGCGUCCACUGGUCCAUUGGACGCAAGAGACAUGGACACUCGGGGAACACUGGUCAAGGGGUUAUCCUUGAAGGAUAUUAGACCCUUGGACCUGUUUGAGGAUAUUGAAUACACUCGUGUCAUGACGACCGUACACGUCCUUGGUCCAUCCACCGUUCUACAGAGCCAGCCCAAACAUUGGACUGGGGUGUCACGUUCCGAAGAGGCAUGGGUCUACAUCUGGAACGAAAGCCUAUCGUUACUAGACCCGAAGAUAUGGAGCUUUGAAGAUUUCCUGAGAGACAAGGCACAUCUGUGGACAGGGUCAGAGACCUCGGAAUUCUUUGAAGACUCUGCCAAGUACCACAAUCCUAAUGCCGCGGUGCAAGAUAGCGCAAGCGAGGUGAUCAUUGCAGGUCAAAAAGUCGAAGGAUAUCCAGACUUCGGACAUGGCAUGCUGAAGUUCUGGCUGUUUCCCAGAGAGUUGACUUAUUUAAACAACGGAAGCUAUGGAGCGACGCCUAUCCCCGUCAUAGAAGCCACUAAGCGAUUACACGAGCAGAUUGAGCAGUUUCCCGACCUGUUCAUGAGAAGGUCGUGGUUGCCCUUGCUCAACAACUCCCGCUCGCAGGUCGCAAAGAUCAUCAAUGCCAAAUAUGAUGAGGUGGUCAUCGUCAAGAAUACCACUAUGGGUAUUAGCACAGUCACGGACAAUAUCGACUGGCAAGACGGCGAUGUCAUUGUGAUCUACGAUACCACCUAUGGAGCCAUGAGCCAGAUGAUGAAAUGCGUCUGUGACCGUCACCCUAAAGUCAACCUCGAAAUCAUAAAGGUCACGCAACCGUGCUCUCAUGCCUCUGUCGUGAAACAGACAGAAGAGGUUCUCGCCAAAUACAAUGAGGCGGUCCAUCAGAACCCCUCCGACGCCAGGGCUCCGAAAGACAAAAGACAGGGGCAGAGGGUGCGGCUACUCCUCAUCGAUAGUAUAGCGUCAAAUCCUGGCGUCGUUAUGCCUUGGGAAGAUGUCGUUGGCUUGUGUCACAAGUAUGGUGUACUGAGUCUCGUCGAUGCCGCGCAUUCCAUCGGACAACAAAAGCUGGAUGUUAAGCGAUCGGAUCCUGACUUCUUGGCGACAAACUGUCACAAAUGGCUCAUGUCACAUCGUGGCAGCGCAGUUUUCUACGUGCCGUUGAGAAACCAGCAUCUCAUUCGUUCCUCGAACCCAACAUCUGCAGGGUACGAGUCACGCAGGUUCCCGACCGAGGGGGUCAACCGACCAUGGGAGUUCGCGAAGCAGUGGGAGUGGAACGGUACACAGGACUGGGCUCCGUUGAUGAGUAUCGCUCCGGCUGUCGAGUUCCGUCGAUCCAUCGGAGGUGAAGAGCGCAUCAUGGAGUACAAUCACUCUCUAGCCAUGGAGGGUGGCAAGCGAAUAAGCAAACGAUGGGGUACAGAAUUGAUGGAGAAUGAGGAUCCCAAAGAUGGUGUCCUGACCGCUUGCAUGGUGAAUGUCGCUCUUCCUGACUUCCCACCUGCCAAGUCGGUCGAAGAAGAAUUCGAAUUGCGAAAGUACUUUGAGCAAGGCUUGCUCGAUGAAAAUGUGUUUGCGCCGCCUUAUCUCCACGCUGGCAAAUGGUGGACCAGAUUCUCGUGCCAAGUCUGGAAUGAGUUGAGCGACUUUGACAGGACUGCUGAGGUGUUUGAAAAGCUGUGCGAGGGUGUCAGGCAAGGCAAACAUCUCGAUAUCCACGUUGCGCCUACAGAUACGCUCCAUGAAGUCGGCGAUCUGGCUUCUCAGGCAGAUAUUUAGACGGAACUCGUCUCAGGGGCUUAUCUUGAAUAAAGUGGGCC